AUGCCCUCUCUGCCUCCUGGGGCCUCAGCCUGUCAGCUCUCCACCGCCCCCCUAUCCCGGCUUGGCCGCCAGAAGAGCUUCCAGGGCGUCUCCACAUCCGAGGGUGAAUACCACUACCACCGGGUGUCGGACCUACCCUGGGGGUCUCGAGGACCCAGCAUCGGUAUGCCAAGGGCCUUUCCUCAGCGCCCCGCGCAAACCUCGGCCUCUGGGAAGGCCAAGGUCGAAAGGCCUGAGUCUGUCUUGUUUACCAGCAACACAGAACCUGAUAAAGAAAACCUAUCUGAAAACAGAAGUGACCUGAAAGUGUCCCCCAUCCCUGGCAAGAGGAAGAAGAAGCGGCACAGGACUGUUUUCACCACCCAGCAGCUGCAAGACUUGUUCAGCAAGGCACACUACACUGAUGUGUAUGCCCAGGAAAUGCAGACCAUGAAAGCUAAGCUCCCUGAAGACCAAAUACAGUUGUCUGGGGUCUGGUUUCAAAAUGAGAGGGCCAAUGAUGAAAGGAGAAACACGGAUAGCAGCAGCGUGAUGGCCCAGUAUGGGCUCUACAGGGCCAUGGUGCGGCACUGUAUCCCUUUGCCGGACUCUGUCCUCAACUCCUCAGAGAGCAGCAGCCUGGCCAGUUUCUGUGUGCCCAUGGUCCAUGGGAUGACUAAAAAAUCUACAGGAAUGAUAAGGAAAUCAGGGAAUGGAGAAAAACUGGCUGGACUCUGGGGCCUUGACCACCUCAAGGAAAGUUCUAGUUCAAGUCUAUCAAUAUCCCAGAGAGUCUCCAAUGAAACCAGCCCUGAGAAUGACUUGGAAGAUGUUGCCAUUGAUCUCUGCUGCUCCACAUUGCAGGAGACCAAGAAGGUGCACAAGGGGGCCAAUGCUCAAGGAUGCUCAGAUUCUGAGAGGCUGGAAGAGCUCCAGUCAGGGAAGGUGGGAGCCUUAUGA